AAGAGUGUCAAAAAUAUUCAGAAGAUUACGCAGGCUAUGAAGAUGGUUGCUGCUUCAAAGCUCAGAGCUAUUCAAACUAGAGCUGAAAAUUCACGCGGCCUAUGGCAGCCAUUUACUGCCCUUCUUGGUGACACUCCUAGUAUUGAUGUCAAGAAGAAUGUUAUUGUUACCAUUUCCGCAGACAAAGGUCUUUGUGGUGGAAUCAAUUCUACAUCUGUCAAGAUAAGCAGGGCUAUGCAUAAGUUGAAUUCUGGUCCUGAUAAGGAAAAUAAGUAUGUUGUCUUGGGGGAAAAGGCAAAGGCUCAGCUGGUGUGAGAUUCGAAAAAGGACAUUGAGCUGGUCAUGACUGAGUUGCAGAAAAAUCCUCUUAACUACACACAGGUUAUGAUGCCUUAAAUCUUCU